CGUCAACCUGAAAGGAAAACACCUUUGUGACUGCAUCUUUUUUUCCAAACAUCGGCCCUUCACUGACGACGGCUCCGCCGCCGGAGCCUCCGCAUUAUUGUUUCCGACCUCUCUUCGUUCAAAGAACCAGCUUGCAACACAUUCUUGUACAUCCCUUGCUGCCACCACCCUUUACUCAACAUAUCAUUACUCGAAGAUUUUGUGCUUCCGAAUCAUAAGCGUUUCGUUACUGAAUCUCUUUCCCGAACAUCGCGUUGAAGUUACGUUUCUUGAAGGUUCUCACCAUUUCCUUGAACUCAUGGCCGCAUGGUCUUCAAGAAAGUUGCUGAGAGAUGUUAUUCUCAAAAGCGUAGUUCCGUACCAGCUUUCCGCCGUCAGAUGUUUUUCCUCCGCGCCUCAAAGUGCUCCCAAGAUCGGUCACUAUUCCAAGAAGGGAAGGUUGUGGACGGGAGCCACCAUAGGUCUACUUAUAGCUGGUGGAGCUUAUGUGAGUACUGUGGAUGAAGCUACUUUCUGUGGAUGGUUAUUCUCCGCAACAAAACUCGUGAAUCCUUUUUUCGCAUUGUUGGAUCCUGAGUUUGCCCACAACUUGGGUGUCUCAGCUGCAGCUCGUGGUUGGGUUCCGAGGGAGAAGAGGCCCGACGUACCAAUCUUAGGGCUAGAAGUUUGGGGAAGAAAAUUCUCCAACCCAGUAGGCCUUGCUGCAGGUUUUGAUAAAAACGCCGAGGCUGUUGAUGGUUUGCUUGCUUUGGGCUUUGGCUUUGUGGAGGUAGGAUCUGUUACUCCUGUUCCCCAGGAUGGCAAUCCUAAACCUCGGAUCUUUAGGUUGCGAAACGAAGGUGCUGUAAUAAAUAGAUGUGGCUUUAACAGUGAGGGAAUUGUUGCUGUUGCAAAGAGGCUGGGUGCUCAGCACGGUAAGAGGAAACUAGAUGAAACUUCAAGCACUUCACCUUCUUCCAACAAUGAAGUCAAACAAGGUGGAAAAGCUGGCCCUGGCAUCCUUGGUGUCAAUCUUGGAAAGAACAAGACAAGUGAAGAUGCUGCAGCGGACUAUGUUCAAGGAGUUCAUACAUUGUCUCAAUAUGCUGAUUAUUUGGUAAUUAAUGUUUCAUCGCCCAAUACCCCUGGUUUGCGCAUGCUUCAAGGAAGAAAGCAACUAAAGGACCUUGUUAAGAAGGUUCAGGCUGCUCGUGAUGAAAUGCAGUGGGGUGAGGAGGGCCCACCUCCAUUGCUGGUAAAAAUUGCGCCAGAUUUGUCAAAAGAAGACCUUGAAGAUAUUGCUGCAGUUGCCUUGGCUCUUCACUUGGAUGGACUGAUUGUAUCAAACACAACCAUUUCAAGACCAGAUCCUGUCAGUAAAAGUCCACUGGCUUCAGAAACUGGUGGCUUGAGUGGGAAGCCUCUCUUCAAUCUCUCUACCGAAAUCUUGAAGGAGAUGUAUAUCUUGACAAGGGGCAAGAUUCCUUUGAUUGGUUGUGGCGGCAUUAGCAGUGGGGAAGAUGCAUAUAAGAAAAUACGAGCUGGAGCAACUCUAGUUCAGCUCUAUACUGCAUUUGCUUAUGGGGGACCUGCACUUAUUCCUCAGAUAAAGGCUGAAUUAGCAGAAUGCCUCGAAAGGGAUGGUUUCAAAUCCAUUCUUGAUGCAGUUGGUGCAGAUUGUAGAUGACUUUUAUCCCACAUCAGAAUCCUGUGAUGCAAACAUAGUUAUUAGAAUCUUACGAUUCAACACGUUUUGACUAUUUUUAUCGGUUGGUAUCAUAAGAUGAACUUUAAACAGUUUUGUACCUUACGACACAUGAAUCAAAUACAUGUAAUUCGUAUCACCGAUUUGGUUCAAGAAUUCGUGUGUUUUUACUUUUUUCAGCAGUUGUCCUGAAAAAAAAAUUCAAAUAAAAAGGAAUUUGAAGAAUACUUGGUAAUUCA